CCCAUAGAGGUCUCAGAUCUUCCAGCUCUUCCGGAGGAAGAGGAAAUAUAGUGCAGGGCAGGAGGGGAUUUAAUUCAGCAAGGACCUUCCUGUUGCCUGAAUCCUGGUGGUGUCUGAGCUCUGCUGCUGGUAGCAUCUGCUUGCUGGAUCCUCCAGCUCCGGUCGGGACGCCCCUCUGCCCGGAGAGCCCAAGACACUCAAGCAUCCCCCAGCAGGAGCGGUUGUGUGCUCCUAAUCCUGACACCAUCUCUCACAUGGAAUGCAAGGAAGAACCCUGUGUCUCAAUUCUCCCGGACCCCAGCGAAUGGCUGAAUCAAAGAGACGCCUGCAAAGAUCACCAGAUCCUGAGCCAAACUAAAGAGGAGACCCUGCUGCAGGAGAGCGCUGGGAAAGCAGAGUCACGCGGGGCGUCAGCAGAGAGCACUGGAGGGGACGUCUCACAGCAGAUCCAGCCUGGGGCAGGGGGAAACCCUGUGGAGCAAGAUCACCUUACCUCCACCACCCCACUGGGGGCCAGGCGACCCAGACUGGAUGUCACCAAGCAGAGUCUGCGGGGGGCUGGGGAAAACCUCACUGAGCGGGAUCUCCUAGACCCACCGGCAUCCCGGCGUCCCAGCGCCUGCGCCGACUGUGGGAAAACCUUCUGCCUGAGCUCGAGCUUGCUGCGUCACCGUUGCGCCCACCUCGGUCAGAAGCCUUACCACUGCAAUGAAUGCGGCAAGGCCUUUGCCCAGAGUCAGAACUUCCUGGCCCACCAGCGAGUCCACACGGGCGAGCGUCCCUUCCUCUGCACCCAGUGCGGGAAGAGCUUCUCCCAGAGCCAGAACCUGCGCACCCACUGGCAGAUCCACCGGGGCCAGCGGCCCCACCAGUGCCCCGAGUGCGGGCAGAGCUUCAACAAGACCUGCAACCUCCUCAGACACCGCAGAAGCCACCUGGGCCACAAACCUUUCCGGUGCGCCCAGUGCGGCAAAGGGUUUGGGGAGAGCUCCACCCUGAUCCGCCACCAGCGCACCCACACCGGCGAGCGGCCCUACCGCUGCCUGACCUGUGGCCAGGCUUUCACCCUGAACUCCAACCUUCUCAAGCACCAGCGCUCGCACACUGGUGAGCGGCCCUACCGCUGUGAGCAGUGUGGCAAAACCUUCGGCAAGAGCUCCGCCGUCGUCCUGCACCAGCGCACCCACACCGGCGAGCGGCCCUACGUCUGCCCCAAGUGCGGCAAGCGCUUCAGCCAGCAGUCCCACCUGACUGCCCACUGCCGCAUCCACACCGGCGAGAAGCCCUUCGCCUGUCCCCAGUGCGGCCGCGUCUUCAGCCAGAGCGCCUCGCUGAUCCGGCACCGCCGCACGCACCAGCAGGAGGGGGAGCAGGCAGGGGAGGUGCCCCGGUCGGGAGAAGAUGGGGGUUCGAAGAAGGAGGCACCGGGUGAGAGGAGUGCACGGCGGGGGAGCACGUGGCCGGGGAGCACCAAUACGGCUACUCCGGCCUGUGACAUACCUUGGGCUGCGGAAACAGUGUCGCAGAUGUAAAGACUGUGUAACCUCCCAGUUACCCCUAGAAGGCACCAGCCCACACUCUGAGUGUGGGUUAAAUCAGCUUCUCUUCUAAUGGUUGAUUUAAAGCAGCAGGCCACAUGGACUUAAACAGAAAGACUGCGUGAGGUAAUAUUCCUGGCACUUCAAAAAAAAAAAAAAAAAAAAAAA